CCCUCGCAUCUCCUCCACUUAUGCAUGGCGAGGGUUGCACUGCCUCAUACCUGCCAUGGUUCCACAGGGUCACACGUCGAAUCAUCAUUAACCCCUUACACUGGCCACAGCAGGAGGGUGCCUUCCAGGGAACACAGCUCUCGACACAGGAACUGGAGGAGCAGUUAUCCGCUAUGCAGCGUGCCAUUGACCCUUAUGCUCCUGAUUUGGGUCUGGCAAACCAUAUUUUACAGGAUAUGGUUACUCGUGUACAGCGUCGACCUGCGGAACAGGCCCCUGCCAGACCUAGGGCACGGGCUCCUGGUGGGCGUAGGGGACGACCACCAGUCACACCGGUAGUGCCCGAAGAGGGCACUUACUACACCCAUGUGGGUAGCUCACACCUUGCAGGCACCUCACAUUCUGCAGGUCAUGAUGGAGCAGGUACUUUUGAGGCUGGUGGUUGGUCUCCAUUCAUUCAGCCUUCUACAUCUGAGGGGGUUCCAUGGCCCCAAAGGAGCAGAUUAGGGGAUGAUGAGGCACAGGACGAUGAGGGUCCGUCACAGGAUCACUUGUCAGAGUCAUAUGUAUAUCGUCCUGACAUGUCAUUCUUAGAGGAUCACACACCUCCCCCAUUCACCCAGGACCCGUCCUUUGGGAGCAGUACAUACAGAUUCGGGAGUCCACCUGUCACGUUCACUCCGAUGAUGUCCACCAGCGGCCAGGGUUUUACCACACCUUUACCCGCUUUUGCUGCAUUUGCGGGGGAUAGUAGCCCCUGGGCGUACGCACCUGUGCGUCCACCGAGAGCAGCAGCACAGCCGUCGGAGGUUGAGGAUGAGUCUGACGAUGAGGAGUCUGACGAUGAGGAGCCAUCCGAGCAUGAGCAGAGACAGCAGCCACCUAGAGCUGCGAAGGGGAAGGGUCGUAGAUGUUACACUGGAAGUCACUUCUUCGGGCAUACGAAGAAGUAGGCUUUUUGGCUUCCCCUCGUAUGUACUUUGUUUAUGUGUAUGCACUUUUAUUAUGCAUUUGAUAAUGCAUUAUGUUUAUCUUUAUGUACUUUUAUUCGGGUAGAACGGUUUAUGUACUUUUAUUAUGUUUAUGUUUUUUGUUCACUCAUAUU